CUGGAGUCUUCAAUUUUUCAGAAUGAUUUUGUACAAGAGCAAUAAAACUUAAUAAUUAAAAGCUAGAAGCAGCAAUUCAAUGGUGACAAAGUAUCUUAUAUGGGUGAGGUUAGGUCAGUCACCGGGUAAAUCUGGGAAUCAGAUUCAUCUCACUAUUCCCACAAACGCCAAAACCUGAUUGAUUAUAUGAAUCUUGAUCGAUUUCCCCCCUUUUACCAGUACCAGCUCAUUCACUUAGUCUCGUAGUCCUUAAUUCUCUCAAAUUCCUGACACCCUUUUCUCUCUCUCUCGAAAGAUAAGGGAUGAUGUCUUCACGUGAUGUCCAUAACCUGUUGGCUUUGCUGGUAACUUCUUAUUCGAGACCUGGACGACAAAUCAAGAUUGAAGCCUAUGCUAAUUUUGGGGUGCAUCAACUGACACCGUAUAACUAUGUUUGGAAAGGAAACAAUCGGGCAACUCACUUCUUUCUAGUAAAGUCCCUCUCACUUCCUAUUUAUAGAGACUCGUAAUCGUACUGUGGUAUUUGUGUAUACUUGUCUGUAUGAGCCUUGGGAAGUGUGUGUUUAAUGGUAUUGAUAAAUCUUUUAAAGAUUAAAGUUCUCUGGAGUUGGAGAAGUGCAAGUUGUGGUCCAUUUUUUAGCCCUUGGGAAAUUCAGAGAAGGCGCUGAUCGAUACCUUGGGAAGAAUGUCUGCUGAGCGUAUGUUGGCAUAGGACCAGUUUGUUAUUCAUUUAUUUGCUUCAGAUUCGGACCAACUAUAUCAAGAACUCAGCUGAAACCUGCUACUUUCUUCCUGUGAAAGAUUUGAGUCGAAAUGUCGUCGUCAAGACCUAGCCAAUCUUCCACCACUUCAUCAAGAUCAAAGCACAGUGCUAGGAUCAUUGCACAGACCUCUAUAGAUGCAAGGUUGCAUGCAGACUUUGAGGAAUCAGGUGAUUCCUUUGACUAUUCAAGCUCAGUAAGGGUUACAAGUGUCGCUGAGGGUGAGCAAAGGCCCAAGUCGGACAAAGUUACCACCGCUUACCUUCAUCAGAUCCAGAAGGGCAAGUUUAUCCAGCCAUUUGGUUGUCUGUUAGCCCUGGAUGAGAAAACAUUAAAGGUCAUAGCAUUCAGUGAGAAUGCCCCUGAAAUGCUGACCAUGGUUAGCCAUGCUGUUCCAAGUGUUGGUGAGCAUCCAGUUCUUGGCAUUGGGACUGAUAUCAGGACGAUCUUCACUGGUCCUAGUGGCGCAGCAUUGCAGAAAGCCUUAGGGUUUGGGGAGGUUUCUCUGUUAAAUCCUGUCCUUGUUCAUUGCAAAACUUCUGGGAAGCCAUUUUAUGCAAUUGUUCAUAGGGUUACAGGUAGCUUAAUCAUUGAUUUUGAGCCUGUGAAACCCUAUGAAGUUCCCAUGACUGCUGCAGGGGCCCUGCAGUCAUAUAAACUUGCAGCGAAAGCCAUUACUCGCUUGCAGUCUUUGCCCAGUGGCAGCAUGGAAAGACUUUGUGAUACAAUGGUUCAGGAGGUUUUUGAACUCACAGGUUAUGACAGGGUGAUGGCAUAUAAAUUUCACGAUGAUGAUCAUGGAGAGGUGGUGUCUGAGAUCACAAAGCCUGGCCUCGAGCCUUACCUUGGUUUACAUUAUCCUGCUACGGAUAUUCCACAGGCCGCACGCUUUUUGUUUAUGAAGAAUAAGGUCCGAAUGAUUUGUGAUUGCCAAGCAAAACAUGUGAAGGUAGUCCAAGAUGAGAAGCUUCCAUUUGACUUAACAUUGUGCGGCUCUACUCUUAGGGCCCCUCACUACUGCCAUUUACAGUAUAUGGAGAACAUGAAUUCAAUUGCAUCACUUGUAAUGGCAGUUGUGGUCAAUGACGGGGAUGAAGAAGGAGAAAGCUCUGAUUCUUCACAAUCUCAAAAAAGAAAAAGGCUAUGGGGCCUGGUUGUUUGCCACAACACAACCCCAAGGUUUGUCCCCUUCCCACUGAGAUAUGCAUGUGAGUUUCUUGCACAAGUCUUUGCCAUACACGUUAACAAGGAACUGGAAUUGGAAAGUCAGUUCCUUGAGAAAAAUAUUCUGCGUACUCAGACUCUCUUGUGUGAUAUGCUGAUGCGAGAUGCUCCCCUAGGUAUCGUGUCACAGAGCCCCAACAUUAUGGAUCUUGUCAAAUGUGAUGGUGCUGCUUUGCUCUAUAAGAAUAAGAUACAUCGAUUAGGAAUGAACCCAAGCGACUUUCAGCUGCACGAUAUUGUAUCAUGGCUUUGUGAGUAUCAUACAGAUUCCACAGGCUUGAGUACGGAUAGCUUGUAUGAUGCUGGUUUUCCUGGGGCUCUUGCUCUUGGUGAUGCAGUCUGCGGUAUGGCGGCUGUGAGAAUAUCUGAUAAGGACUGGCUGUUCUGGUUCAGGUCACACACUGCCGCUGAAGUUAGAUGGGGUGGUGCAAAGCAUGAACCUGGUGAGAAGGAUGAUGGCAGGAAAAUGCAUCCUAGGUCAUCAUUCAAAGCAUUCCUGGAAGUUGUCAAGACUAGGAGUAUACCCUGGAAGGACUAUGAGAUGGAUGCAAUCCACUCUUUGCAGCUUAUACUAAGAAAUGCUUUCAAGGAUGCUGAUGCCGUGAAUUCAAAUACCAAUUCCAUCCAUACGAAGCUUAAUGAUCUAAAGAUUGACGGAAUGCAGGAACUAGAAGCAGUGACAGCUGAAAUGGUCCGCUUAAUUGAAACAGCUUCAGUUCCUAUAUUCGCAGUUGAUGUGGACGGGCAGGUUAAUGGAUGGAACACAAAAGUUGCUGAAUUAACUGGUCUUCCUGUUGAUGAAGCAAUUGGGAAACAUCUGCUCACUCUCGUGGAGGAUUCAUCAGUUGAUACCGUGAGUAAGAUGUUGGAAUUAGCAUUGCAGGGGAAAGAGGAAAGAAAUGUAGAGUUUGAAAUAAAAACACAUGGGCCGUCAAGGGAUUCUAGUCCAAUCAGCUUAAUCGUGAAUGCAUGUGCAAGCAAAGAUGUUCGGGAUAGUGUUGUGGGUGUAUGUUUUAUUGCUCAGGAUAUAACUGGACAAAAAAUUAUCAUGGACAAGUUCACCCGAAUCGAAGGUGACUAUAGAGCGAUUAUCCAAAAUCCUCACCCAUUGAUCCCACCAAUAUUUGGUACUGAUCAAUUUGGCUGGUGUUCUGAGUGGAAUUCUGCGAUGACCAAGUUAACGGGAUGGUGGCGUGAUGAUGUUAUAGAUAAAAUGCUGUUAGGGGAGGUCUUUGGGACACAGGCAGCUUGCUGCCGUCUCAAGAAUCAAGAAGCUUUUGUAAAAUUUGGAGUUAUACUAAACAAUGCUAUCACUGGUCAAGAAUCUGAGAAGAUUCCUUUUGGUUUCUUUGCACGUUACGGGAAAUAUGUGGAGUGCUUACUCUGUGUGAGCAAAAGGUUAGAUAAAGAGGGUGCAGUCACGGGACUCUUUUGUUUCCUGCAGCUUGCAAGCCAUGAGUUGCAACAAGCUCUUCAUGUUCAACGAUUAUCAGAACAAACUGCGUUGAAAAGGUUGAAAGUAUUAGCUUACAUAAGGAGGCAAAUUAGGAAUCCUCUUUCUGGGAUUAUAUUCUCUCGGAAGAUGCUAGAGGAGACUAGCUUGGGCAUAGAGCAGAAAAAUAUACUGCAUACAAGUGCACAGUGUCAGCGUCAGCUCAAUAAAAUUCUUGAUGAUACAGAUCUUGAUAGCAUCAUAGAUGGUUAUUUGGAUCUGGAGAUGCUCGAGUUUAAGCUGCAUGAAGUAUUGGUAGCAUCUAUAAGUCAAGUCAUGAUGAAGAGCAAUGGAAAGAAUAUAAUGAUCGCGAAUGACAUGGUUGAAGAUCUUCUCAAUGAAACUUUAUACGGAGAUGGUCCGAGGCUUCAACAAGUCCUAGCAGACUUUUUGUUAGUAUCUGUGAACUCUACACCAACUGGUGGCCAGCUUAGUAUUUCAUGCAGGUUAACUAAAGAUCGCAUAGGAGAAGCUGUUCAGCUUGCUCUCUUGGAAUUCAGCGGUGGCUUGGGCAACUGCUUCAUGACCAAGUUGUUUGCAAAUCUUGCACUGUACAUCUGGUCUUUUCCAACAUUUAUAUGGAGGAUGUCCAUUUUUGCCACAGUGCAGACAAGAUGGGUAAUUUUUCAAGAACUUAUCCUUGUUUUGAGUUUUGUGGCUGGCUGUUAAAGUUUCAUCAACUAUGCCAUCUUGCCUCAUAAGCCUCUGUUUCUAUGCCUGCAAAGAAUUUAACAAUUCUGCCGAGGUAAUUUUGGACAGAUCUUGUGUAUUUUCCAAAGUAGUUAUACAUGCUUCAUAUUUUUCGGGCACUGUUAUAAAAAAAAAUUCAACAAUUCUUGAUUCUUUAAAUUCAGUGCCUAGCAGUCUUAUCUUGUUAACAAUACCAAGCAAUCUGUCAAGUAUUCCUUGACUGUUUUCGACUCUUUCAUUCUCUGCAAUUCUAAUUCCCUCAUUAAAUUUAAUACCUUCAUUCCUCAUAUUCUUUAAUCUACGGCAUAUUCUUUCUUCAGAUAAUCCCAAAUUUCUUUUGGUGAUGCGAGAGUCAUGAUUCUCGUGAAAAUAGUUGUUGAAACAGCAGCAAACAAAGUUGCUUUUACCUUGGACUUAAUGAUUUUCUUUUCCUUGUAACUCUUGAUUUGGGCCACGGUGGGAUUAUUAGGUAGCAGAUUAACUUCAUAAUCCUCUUCUACGGCUUCCCAAAGAUCAAAAGCCUCCAAAUAGGCUUCCAUUCUCACAGCUCAUAAUUGAUAGUUCUCACCAUCAAAAAUAGGAGGAGUCAUUCAUGAAAAGCUAUUUUCGGAAUUCAUUUUUUCACUCACAAAUCCCUCAAGAAAAAAGGUUCUAGAUACCAAUUGCUGGUUUUUAAUAAGGAAAUUAAGAAAAUAACAGAGAAAGACUUUGAGAGAAAAAUACUGCAAUGAAGCCAAAGAAAA